AUGCUCUACUCUGGCGCCCGGCUGGUGGUGCGGCAUGCGGCUUUCUACACGCCCUUCCGAGGCUGGCGUCACCUGGAUGGCGUUCCGAGCUCCGAAAGGCCCCCGGCGAUCACCGGAGUGCGCUUCGAAGGUGCCGGGACCGUGGUGAUGGAUCAUGUCAUCUGCGAGGGCUUGAAGCAUUGCCUGCUUCUGAGCGACGGCAAGGACGCGACAGUGACGAUCACCAACAGCUUGUUCAUGGAUACCUACCAGGCCAUCUACGAUCGUGGCUGGGUGACGACACCAAGGACAGUCAAGAGCUCGGUCUUCUUCCGCAAUGACAUGGGGGCCAGCUUGGAUUGCCGGACCUGCCGCAUCGAAGGCAGUCUCUUCCUCCAGAACAACAUUGGAGUAGACAGCCGACGCGGCGCGCAGUACAGCAAUUCUGCAUUCGUCCAGAAUGGGCAGGCUGUGUACUGCAGAAGCUCGUGCUGGCAAGUCUUUGAGGAUCUGCUGUUCUUCAAGAACGACAUCGCCUACGUGACCGGGGGUGGUACUUGGAGAGACGCUACUUUUCUGGACAACCGCAUCAGCAUGAGCAUUGGAGUGGCAACUACAAAUAUUCAACGGAUGAACUUCCUCGGGUCAGCAGACGACUAUCACUUGUACUACACCGGAACUGCGCUCUACGACCUGGAUGUGUCGUCCAUCUGCUGGAACACAACCUCGGUGGACGUGGUGCAGUCCAAGAUCUACGACGCCAUGGACGGGAGUGGCAAAGGGAUUGUGCGGCUUCUGAACGUAGAGUCCUUGCCGGAUAGGCCUUUCCAGCAUAGCAUGUUCUCGAACGACAGCUGUGCUGGCCAGUGUGCGCAGCAGUGGUACAACAGGAACUGGUCCAGCUUGAUCGGCGCUGGCACAGGCACCUUCGGAUUCUUCGAUGCUGGUGGAGAGCUACAGAGUGGGCAGAGCUUGCAAGAUGCGCUGCUGGGCGGCUACGAGCCCACCACCGACACGUCCUUAGACGCCUACAUGCUCGACAUGUCGACUUUGCUCGAGGCAGUUGGGGCCUACAAGGCCACGGCCGCAACGGCAACACUAACGACAACAAUAACGACCUUGCCCUCGACCUGCGGCUUUGACUUCGAUGCCAACAGCCACUGCUUCCCUGCAAACCGCUGCCAAGGCUGCAGUUACAGCUUUGUUGCAAAUCAAGACGGCACUCGCGACUUUGGGGAUUUGCAAUGUGGCCACCACACCAUGUUCUACUCCGAGCAGAAGCUGCGAUGGGAGAGCCUGCCUGCAGGAUUCCAGUUCAAGUGCGAUCACAGUGACAACUUCCACCUGGGUCUUCGCACGAUGCAGGGCAGGGACUGGAGCGAACGCAUCUGGCGGGGCGAUGGGUGGAAGUAUAACAUGGAGUGCAAGAGCUCUCUGCUAGAGUCCUGGGAGGGUGGUUGGAGUAGCUUCAAUCACGAGGGCAAGGAUGUGGUGCUGUGGGUAACCCAGAACGGCACAGUGGACUUCUACGUGGAGGCCCAUCUCACAACCCCGUUGGAUCGACGUGAGUGA